AUGGGAGGGGCACAUAAAUCCUCGAUGUAUAAGAAGUGCCGUUUUCACUAGUGGGGAUUUUACAAACCAACUCAGGACGAACGAAAUGAGCUGCCCCAGAGCCGCUACAAAAUGCUGGAUGGACACCUACUCCUGGGAUGGUUAACAUUCACUAUAAUAGUGCAUCUAAUCUGCUUGCCUGGACCAAGCACUGCUUACUUUGGGCUGACAGGUGACGAACCCCUGUCCAUUCUGCCCCUGAACUCACAACCAGACGAGAGGACGGGCAAGGCGCACUACAAGCUCUGUGACCGACUCAAGCUAGAGAAAAAGCAACGCAGAAUGUGCAGACGGGACCCCGGUGUAGCCGAGACUCUGAUUGAAGCAAUCAGUAUGAGUGCAUUAGAGUGCCAAUACCAGUUUCGCUUUGAGAGGUGGAACUGUACUUUAGAGGGCCGUUAUAGGAGUCACAUUUUAAAGAGGGGCUUUAAGGAGACUGCGUUCCUCUUCGCCAUCUCCUCAGCUGGCCUUACCCAUGCCAUGGCUAAAGCCUGCAGCGCUGGCCGCAUGGAGCGCUGCACCUGUGACGAGGCUCCAGAUCUGGAGAACCGCAAAGCCUGGCAGUGGGGUGGCUGUGGAGACAACCUCAAGUACAGCAACAAAUUUGUCAAAGACUUCCUGGGUAAGAGGUCCAACAAGGAUCUCCGCGCCCGGAUAGACACGCACAACACCAAUGUAGGAAUGAAGGUGAUCAAGGCAGGAGUGGAGACCACCUGCAAAUGUCACGGAGUGUCAGGCUCGUGCACGGUGCAGACCUGCUGGAGGCAGCUGGCACCCUUCCACGAGAUCGGCAAGCAGCUCAAGCAACGCUACGAGACUUCCGUCAAAGUGGCCAGCUCCACCAACGAAGCCACCGGGGAGGCAGAAAUCUCCCAGAGCCGAUCCCAGGGGCAGCCGCCCCCACCGGGCCCGCGGCCGGACCCCAUUCCCCGCACCACCGAUCUCCUUCACAUUGAGGACUCGCCGAGCUUUUGCAGGCCCAGCAAGUAUUCGGCGGGCACGUCGGCGCGCAAGUGCUACAAGGAUAAGAACUGCGAGGCCAUCUGCUGCGGCAGGGGCCACAACACUCAGAGCAGAGUGGUGACGAGACCGUGCCAGUGCCAAGUACGCUGGUGCUGCUACGUCGAAUGCAAACAGUGCACUCAAAGAGAAGAGGUUUACACCUGUAAAGGGUAAAACAACCAUGACAACCGUGCAGAAUAUCUCUGACCUGUCCUGAACUCUGUCCUGAGAACAAUCAAGAGAGAUGAACAAGAGCGAGGAAAAAGGAAAAUGGGAGAAGUGACACGCUGGAAUUGAGAGAUUCAGUCCUGGUUUGUUUGGAGAAAGAUCUCAAAUGAAUCAAGCUAGUUAAAUAAGAUGAAAGCACUUUUUUGAGAGGUGUUGCAAGGCGUUUUUUCAUGCAUUUGGAGUAGUGUGAAGGCUGUAUAAUAUACGUAUAGCCGGAGGGAAGUCCACAGCUUUGAGAGACGCCUUGGAACUAGACGAAACACUUUACUCUGAGUAACUCUAAGCCUGCCAAGAUGUCAAUCAGGGGUGAAAUCCAGUCAUGGGCAGACAAUUGUUUGUCCAACGGUUUGACAGUCUCUGAAUAAUAGCUUGAAAACUUUUCAAGCCGUAUGUGUAAGAGUAUGAGUUAUUUCCAACAGAAUUCAUCCGGAGACUCGAACGAUGGUGUCAGAUUUAUUCUACAUGCACAUGUAUUCAACACCCACACAAGAGUGUGUGUAUGCAUAUGUACAUAGACGAAAUUACAUUAUAAUUCUUUUCUAUAUGCCACUUAUCUGAGUAUGUUAAAUAACCACUAACCACACAAAUGUUUUAUUGUUUGUGUGCUCGCGUCGACUUUGUGUUGUAAUUCUCUUCGACAAGGCCCUUCGGAAAGCAAUACUUUUGAUUUGUGUCUUUCUGUGGAUAUAAUUUAUGGAAUGUUUUUAGGACUAUUCCUUCGCAAAGGAACACAUAUUAUUUGCUUGUCCUCUAGUUUUCUUUUCGUGACAGUGAAAACCUUUGCCAGUCCUUUUAAAGAUUUAUUUAGGCCUUAAAUGAACUCUACAGAUGGCUGUUCAGGGAACAAGUGAAACCACUAUGCGCAAUUGGAUGGUAAAGAAAUCAGAGAUUUCACAAGCAGGAGUAAUUGUCUCCUUGACUUAGGCUUCCACCAGACAACAGAUCUGUCCAUUCUCAUUAAAAGCUGCCGAUUCACUGCUGUAAGCGUUGCAGCAGUGCUGUUCAUGUGAUGCUGAUUCAGGGCGCCACUGUACGUUCUGAGUUUUACAGACAGAUUAAGGGUACAACAUCGAGGUGAACGUAAUCACGGCAGCAAAUGUGAGCCACACGUGAGUCUGCAUUGGAAAAAGCAAAACUUUCUCCUUUAUACCUUUUAAUUUUAAGAGGAAAUAAAAAAAAAUUAAUGUCAGAACUAAACUGGUUCUGGAUGGGACGGUGGGAAAUGACGGCGGCCAAUUCUGGCACCUGUUCGAUUUCAAGAGGGGAUGGUGGUCAACGUUUACAGCUUGACUGUGGUUCUCUGUUGUCACAUUGUUGAUCAGUAGAAGUUUUUAAUGAAGAACCCAAGUGGACAAACAUCGACGCUUGUGUGUUAGAGGUUCUGUUUGAAGUGACUGUUUCAUUGACCCUAUUCACGGUUUUGAAGAGGCAAGACAAACUGUAAGCACACUGUAAAACUUAGUAAACUGUAGUUUUGCAGCAGGUUUGCCAGUAACGUACUUUAGAUAUAAUUUAAAAUUUUGUUUUAAACAUAAACUUACCUAGUUCUUAUAUGUUCUUUCAUUAAACAAGACUAAAUAUAUUUUAUAUAUAAUAUAAUAUCUACUAUAUCUAUAGUAAAUGUUUUGUAAUUUAUAAAGUUUUUAAUGUUUUUAAUAGAAAACCAAACAAAAAUGCUCAGGAAGAAUGUCAUUUUGCAGUGUAAUGCCAGUAAUGAGACCAGUCUCUUCUUGCUCAUUUUGAAUAUCAAAAGUCAAAGUGUUUUAAUUUUGGUUAAAGUAAAGUUGAACUCAAAUUAAAAACAGUACUAAUAGGAAAAUAUUAAGUAGUAAUCAAAUCUACAGUAAGUUACUAGCAAAACUGCUGCAAAAUUACAGCAAAGUUUUACAGUGCAAUACUAAAAAUCCAUAAUUAUGAAAAUUCUGUGACAGCUGGAAAAGCUGCUCUUCAACCAAAUGACAGGAUCUAAGUUUCGGAUCAGACUUUUUAGUCACUUAAACCAGACUAAAACAAAUUUUGACAAUGCAUGACUUUUGUAUUCACAUCCCCUGACUCUCUUGAUAGUUACAUAGUGUAAAUGUAAAUAUAAAUAUAAAUAUGAACAUAUGACAAAGUAUAUGAAUUAAUUAUAUAUGCUUUUUAUUGUUUUAGUCGAGUGUGAAUGAACUACUGAGUGAGGGACCUACAAAAAGCAAAAUGGCACCAUUCACGCACUGAAGAUUGGAAGCUGUCCUAUUAAGUAUUUAAGAAUAUGUAUUUAUAAAUAUAUAUAAAUAUCAUUCUAAAGGUUUUUUCAUUUGUAAAUAGCUAAGGUUAUGUUCCUGUGGCAAACAGACAGAAGUGGGGCACAUGCAUACCGCUCACAGGCAUUUGAACAGAAGUUUCCAGAAUAUUUAGAUGAAAGACUAACUAACUGAGUAGAGGUACGCUAUUGUUGUUCACCUAAAUUUUAAAGUGCCAACUUAAGUGCUUUGUAAAUACAGGAUAAGAUGUUACAAGAUAAUCCCCAGUAGGCACACACACAUUGCCAAAACAUCUGUGAAAGUGUGCAUCAUCUGGAUCUUAUAUAUGUACAGCGGGUAAACAUCCUAAAUAGGGCAAAUUUACAUACAGUCUGAAUUAUAAUUGUUGAAAAACUGCAGAUGGGAAAAUCAAAAAAUGAUGUUUUGACAUUGUGCAUGUGCAAUCAGGGUCAAGAUGCCCCUUUACACAAAAACAAGGGGUGCAGACGACCAUAGCAAAUAUUUCUGUCGGAGAAGGGAAACUUUUUUUAUCCUUUCAUUUAACCUUAUGAGCUGAAUUCCAAACAGUUUUUGAUGGGGAGACGUGCCAAUUAAAGAAUGCUUGGAAACGUAUACAUAGACCUUUGCACGCUACAUGGAAACCAUAAUGGCUAUGGCGAGUCUCUCAUCAGUCAAGGCCUCUGCCCACAACAGAAGUGAGCAGAAAAACACUGACAUACGUAUGAGACACAACUCUCCUCAGCAGCCUGUACACAUCUGUUCCGACUCAAAUAUGUUUAAUGACAAACAUUGUAGAUACCAUAUAUAGUUUUAACAUUUUUUGGCAUGCUGCAUGUUCUCAAUAAUCAGUCAUGUUUCCUUAUUGACAGAAGGCAGUGUGAGAUCUGUUUUUUAUUCAAUUUUUGUCCUUGAUAGUUCUUUAUUCGUACUUUCCAAUGCAACCUGUAAAUCUUUGGUAGGAAAAUGGAAACAGAUGAAAUAUAAAUUAUUUUCAAACAUUUUAUGAGCAUGUGUUAAUUGUACAUUUUGUAAAGUUCAAGUUGAUUUUAUAUUCUUAUUUUAUUUUUUUUAACUCUGGCUUGCAUCUGGCCUGUAUUGGGUAUAUGCUAUUUGGGUUUGAGGUAGUUGAUUCAUUUCUUCUGAUGGCUAAAAGAAAUAAUUUCCCACCCAAUGUAAAGCACAAUGCAGACCCUCUCAUAUCUAGCCAUGCUAUGUAACCAUGUCCUUAUUGCAUUUUAAGGAAUGUAGACCAAAGAGUGCCAAUAUGUAGUACAUAAAACACAAGCAGCCACACCCACAGUAAGACUAAAUACGUCCCAGUUAACUGUAGCUUUGUAGCAUAGUACUGAACAUUGUAUAAUACUAUAUUGAUUGUGGAAUCAAAUUCAACAAUUUUCAAAAAAGUUAGUCGAUCAUUUAUAGACCUACAUUCAUUAAGAGCAAAUCGGGGACUGCUAGCAUAGACCAAAUGGACAAUACAAUUUUGUCAUGAAUUCCAAUGGCUCAGUCACUAUUCUGAUUCUUGUCAGGGUUUGUGCAAUGCUGUAACUGUUCAUAUACAUUCUUUUUUCAUUUAAGGGUAGAGUUUUGUCAGUUGGUUGUCUUCGUCCACUUUUUCUUGUCUUAUGGGAAGCAAUUUUCCGCUAAAUUAUUUUCCUCUACCUCAUGUGUAUAGCUUGUAGGUAUAAACUGAUCAUGAAUGACUGGUAAGAAUGUAUUUAAGUUAUUUAACAUCUUUGUAUAACAAAGGCAAGAAAAUCUGAAAAUAAAAGAAUUUUUA